AUGACCGCUGAUGAGAAAGAAGGAAAUCAAAAACACGAUAUCGAGCAAAAGAAGUCCUUUCCUGCCACAGAGAGUGGAAAUACCCACGAUCCGAAUGAGGUGGACUGGGAUGGACCCGCCGAUCCUCACAAUCCCCGUAACUGGUCCGCUUGGAGACGAGGCAUGCUUGUCGGUAUCAUUACUUGUGUUGUCUUCUCGACGUCGAUAGCCUCUUCAGCGGUUGCCCCUGCAGUUCCUCAGAUACUGAGGGAGUUCAACUCGAACAAUGCGGAGAUUGGAACUUUGGUCGUUACCAUUGAGCUGCUGGGCACCGGCGUAGGCCCAAUUCUCAUGGGACCCAUGUCUGAAGUCGUUGGCCGUCGGAUCAUUUACAAUUGUGCCAAUGUCGGAUUCAGUGCUUUCACAAUUGGGUGUGCCCUAACGCCGUCUUUAGGGGGACUGGUAGUAUUGCGCUUCCUGCAGGGAUGUGCUGCCUCGUGCUCUCUCAACAACGCCGGAGGAACGAUUUCCGACCUUGUGCCCAUCCACCGAAGAGGCUUCGCUAUGUCGAUGUAUUCGGUGGGUUUUCUGCUUGGUCCAGCCGUGGGCCCUGUUGCUGGUAGCUUUCUGGCUGCCGCAAAGGGAUGGCGAUGGGUAUUCUGGUUGUUACUUAUUCUGAAUGGCACUAUGGGGGUGAUUUGCGCCCUGGCAUACACAGAGACAUAUGCCCCCGUCAUCCUGGAAUGGAAGGUCAAGAAACUCCGUAAAAAGACUGGGAACCAGGCCUUGUACGCAAAAGAUCAACGCCAGCUGCCAGUGCGCACCGUUCUAAAGCGAGCAAUCACUCGUCCUGUUAAGAUGUUCUUAUUCUGUCCGGUCGUCACCGGCUUGGCUGUGUACAAUGCCGUCGUGUACGGCUUCACAUAUCUCCUCUUCUCAACCUUCUCUGUCGUUUUCGAAGAUCAGUAUCAUUUCGACCAGGGGAGGCUCGGCCUAGUUUAUCUUGGUCUCGCAAUCGGUUUCUUGGUAUCCCUGAGUAUCGCCAGUAUGGUCAACGAUCGGACACACGCGCGCCUAAGUAGGAAACACGGAGCACCGAAGCCAGAAUUUCGCUUGGAGUCCUUGAUAUACGGAGCCAUUGCUAUUCCCAUCGGAUUCUUCAUCUAUGGAUGGACAGCUCAAUAUUAUGUCGACAGUGCUGUUCCUAUUGUUGCGACGGGUAUUGUUGGUUUUGGAGUGAUGUUCACUUUUAUACCAUUCAAUGUAUACAUGAUCGACGCCUACACGAAGUAUGCGGCGAAUGCCAUCGCUGCCGGCAACAUUUUACGAAGUCUUUCUGCUGCGCUCCUACCACUUGUUGGUGUACCGUUAUAUAAUAGACUGGGGUAUGGAUGGGGAAACUCCCUCCUGGCAUUUGUCUCCUUGGGGCUGGGAGCCAUGUCUCUGCUUUUCCGCAAGUACGGUGAAGAGUGGCGGAGGAAGUUCUCGGUUCGGCUCGAUUGA